AUGCGGAGCGCCCAGUUACCGCCGCACUUGGCGUUGUGUAACGCCCCGUGCAGGCACUGGAUCGUGUUCUCCGCGAACACUUGCGACAGCUACCAGUGGCUCUGCAAAUCAUUGCGCCAUACAGAAGAGGGCAAUAGUUCUCCUUCCGCGCUUUCUCCUUCACCUGUGUGUGCCCGAUUUCGUCUCGAUCAUCUUCUUCCUGCUGAUUGGAGCGCGUUGUUGCGUCAGUGCCGUCGUCUUACGUCGCCGUCCGGGAGUUUUACCUUCUCUUCCCCAGGUGACGUGGUCACUGUUGCUUCCUCUGGCGUGGCGGGAGCAACCACUGCUGUGCCUAGAGGGCAGCCGGCAGAGGUGCUCAACACAUCCUUUAUGCAUAUUGUCGAAAGGACAUGCGGAGACUUCGUUCCAAACAACAUGAUCUACCACAGGCUACAACAGCGCUACGUCGUAAGUCCUGGAGUUAGUGCUGCGGAUGUGAAUGAGAAUGAAGCGAGCUUUACGGCCUGGAUGCAGAAACUGCAAGAGGAAAGAGACAAUUGCGAUAUCGCUGCUGAAGGCGGAACAAGGAUCGAUGGCGAAGAGAGUGGCAGUGACAGCGGCAGCGGCGGCGAAAAAGAGAAGGAGGAGGCGGAAGAAGAGGAUCCGCUAGCGCACGAUGCCCUCGCCCUCUCUGCAACGGUGCAGAAUCAGCGGGUGUGCGGUGUUGCUUCUGCCAACGAUACCGACGCCGACACUCAGGAGGGAGCGGAGGGGGCGUGCACCCCCUUCAUCUUCUUUCCCCACCGCAUCGUGGUGGCGGACUGCAUUCCCCACCACUCGCGGCACUUUGUCGUGAUGGUGAACCACAAACCCAUCGUGCCCGGACACCUGAUGGUGGUGCCCAUCCGCUGCGUCGCGACGAUGAGUGCACUGACCCGCGAGGAGGUGGAGGAUUGGGGCCGUGUUGUACACCUUACAAUACGGGUGCUGAGGCGAUCAGCAUCCAGCACCAGUGGCUGUGCUUCUGGUUGCACAGUAUCUGACCCCCAUGGCAUGGAGGGGAGCUUUAGCAUUGCCAUCCAGCAGGGUGUGUUUGCAGGGCAGACGGUGCCGCAUCUCCACACCCAUGUAAUACCCUUUGACCCGCGUGGCAAGCUGGCUGGGGAGCCGGAGGACGAAGAGUUGCAGCAGCGACGAAUGCCGCGCACAGGGCUGCAGAUGCGAGAAGAAACUGAGAUGCUGAGGUCCCUUUUUGCGUGCUUGGCAGUGAAGGGGGGCCAUGCAACGGAGUAG